GUUCACUUACAUGCGUCAAUCUUCUUCACUGCCCUCCUGCAGGGAGGAUAUGGUGCUCCUUCAGUGCGUUGGGAUAUUGAAGUUUCAGAGAGAUCCGUACCACACGAAGGUAGCAGAGUCGAUAAGAGACUUUUACGGACCGUGUUCAUCACUCUUUUUAACAUUGUCUCCAACAUCUUACCUGUUUUAGCCAUGGGAUUUUUGACCAGGUUAGAGCAUGUCUUGUCAAUUCUGACACCACAGCUCUAUGCUGCCAUAUUCUGGUCACUACCACCCACUGCACUGGAUGUGAGUGACCAGAACAGCCUGGACUGUCCCCAGCUCUAUGAACCUGGGCAGCUGAAUCUACUUUUUAACAAGCGUAAAUUUUCAUCUGUGGGCCAUGGAGUCUACACCUCCUUAGCUCUUUUCUUCCCCUUUGGAGCCUUUUACAACGUGGCUGGAGAAGAUGGGCAGCAUAUGGCUGACUAUCAGUCCUUCGCUGUAACCAUGGCCACAUCUUUGGUCAUUGUGGUCAGUGUGCAGAUAGCCUUGGACACGAGUUACUGGACCGUCAUUAAUCAUGUCUUCAUCUGGGGCAGUAUUGCCACUUAUUUCUCCAUUUUAUUUACAAUGCACAGUAAUGGCUUGUUUGGAAUCUUCCCAAACCAGUUUCCAUUUGUUGGAAAUGCGCGGCAUUCCUUAAGCCAGAAGUGCAUCUGGCUUGUUAUUCUCUUAACAACAGUGGCUUCGGUUAUACCAGUGGUGGCAUUCAGAUUUGUGAAGACAGAUUUAUAUCCAACCUUGAGUGAUCAGAUCUGCCGGUGGCAGAAGGCUCAAAAAAAGACAAGGCCCAGAAGUAGCCAAAGGCCUCAGACCCGCAGGUCAAGUUCAAGAAGAUCUGGGUACGCUUUUGCUCACCAAGAAGGCUACGGAGAGCUUAUCACAUCUGGAAAAAAUAUGCGAGCUAGAAAUCCACCCCCAACAUCGGGGUUGGAAGAGAUGCUUUAUAAUAGCCCUAGCUGGAUUGAAAAUUUAUGUAAGAAAACCACAGACACAGUGAGCAGCUGUAGUCAGGAUAAAACAGUGAAACUGUGAGUCAAGAUGAAUUUGAGUUGUCUUUUCACUUCAGCUGGAGCUGAAAUUCAGCGGCUCAGGCGCUAAGAGUGAGGCAGAUUGCCUCAUUUAACUUAAAUCCGCAGCAGACUGUGGCCAGUACCUAUCAAGGAAAGAGGGGUACGUUCUACAGGAAUCCAGGGCAGAUGGUUAAUGUCCAACUUGUGACUUGGUGGACCAAUGCCUCACAGUGCAAGCCAGAUUUUUAUCAACUUAGACACCAAUUGAUCUCAACUUUAGAAUAUUAUUUCUGGAGAAAAACUUGUAAAUCUGCAUGUACACUAAAUGUGUAGAUCCCCAGGUGGAUUAACAAAGGUGAAUAUCUGAGCCAAGAAGCACACUUGUUGACAGACAGACCAUGUGUAAAGAGCAGUCUUUUCCCCAGAUGGACUCUCAGGAUUUAAAGUGAAUACGAUGGUACUUUCAGAUGAAGAGUCACAUGUCACUCUAGUUUUGGUAUCUUCCCAUCUGGUCAGCCAAGAUAACAAAUCACUUGCAUGCUUGGAGAGUAGAGAGUCGUACUGGGGUUCCUCAUUUUUCUUCCAGUCUAGGGACAAAAUAGGAUGAAUGUUUUUACAGAGGGGCAGACUGCUAAGUUGGUCAAUUUUAUUCAAAAAGCUCUCAGCCUGUGUUAUGUUGGGACAUGCUCAUGAAAUGUCAACAAAUGACUCUACAAAGUAUUCUUACAUGUUUCAGUGACCUUAAUGACAACCUCAGUUGUACUUCACUGAGCAAAGCAUUGGAAUUUCACAGUUUAAUAAUAGUAUUCCAGAUAGUUUAUGGGCAAAUACUUUCAACAUUUCCAAUGUUAUAAACUUGACAGUUGAAAUGAAAUGAAUUAGUAAAUAAUCUAUUCAAUUACUACUUAAACACCCAAGUUUAGGUCAUUCAGAUUUAGUUGAUCUGGACCUCUAGAUGUCAUGUUUAUAACUCAAAUUAUUUAAACAUAUGUAGACAAGCCUGAUUUUUUUUCAGUCUCCAUGUGAAUCACUAGUGUAUUUCCUAUAAAAGGCCUCAGGCAAAUUUGUGUCCAAAUCCAAGCUCUGUUACUUCUUACCUCAAUAAGCUGGGCAGUUAAUGUGCCUUCUCAGAGACUCAGUUUCUUCCUUGUUAAAAUGCAGAUAUCCUUCCUACCUUGUGUAGUUGGCAAUUGUCAAAGCCCAAAUUCUCCAAUGAUUCUCUUAUGAGAAUCAUAAUCAUUAUAGGAGUUAGGUUUUAGUCAACUCAGUGUCAGAAUAACACAGCAAUCUGAAGAGAGUAUGAAGUACUGGAUUUUCAGGAAUCUGUGGGGAAGGCUUUGAUGAAAUGAGAUUGCUAAGUAAGAUAUAAACCUGGCUAGUGUCCUAUAGGGAAAUAAAAGAAUAACCUGAGAAGUAAAUUUCUCUACCAGAGAGCAAAAGCAAAUCAUCAUGCCUGAUUAGUUUUUUACAAAUCAACCUUUUCACUGUCCAGGUUUCUUAUUCUGGUUAUUGGUCAAACAAAAGUACAUUUCCCAAGAGAGUGUGGUGAUCCUUGAAUGGGCUUGAUGUAUAAUGGGUUACCAUGAUUUUAGUAGAUUACAGUCAUUGAAUUUUUUGCCUUAAUUUCAAAGCCUAGCUUGAUUUUUCCUGAACGAUGUGAUAUGUAGAAAAGGACCUCAUACAGUGCUUGACUAUAGUGAAUGUUUAUAGCUAUGUCCUUUUCUUCUAUAUACCUGCCUAGAAAAAUCCAAAUGUUAGUUUCUAAUGACGAAUUUGUCAUCAGUUUCACUGUUUACUUGCUCUUUGUAACACUUUUGAAAAAUUUCAAUAAAUAUUUUGGCA